AUGGGCCUUCUCUACUCUGAGAAACCCAUAAAUGACCAGAACCUUCUUGGAUAUGUCGGUGUUGGUUUUCUCAUUGAUCCACAUAAAACCCACUCACAAACUGGAUAUGAGUUCAUUUAUGGAAAUACAGCAAUCUCAUGUGACAAGUUGGUGGACCUGUUCACCAUAUCUCUACUGAAGUGUACAUUUCAGAAGCUGGUGCAUGGAAGUGAUGCCUUCACUGGAGUAGGCUUUAAGAAAUGGAAGAAUGCAAGAGAAUGUUUUGACAAACAUGUUGGUCCUAUUGGUAAUGUCCACAAUAAAGCUAGAGAAGCGGCUAGUUAUCUAAUGAACCAAAAGACACAUCUUGAAGCAGUUGUGAUCAAACAAUCAGAAGAAAAGUGUAUGAAAUAUCAUCGUUGCAUGAAUGCAUCAAUAGAUUGCACUAAGUUCUUGUUGCGACAAGGUCUUCCUUUUCGUGGCCACUAUGAAAGUGACACUUUAAAUAAUAGGGGGAAUUAUUUAGAGCUCUUGCAAUUCCUUGCGGAUCAUGAUGAGAAAAUAAAGGAAGUUGUGCUAGAAAAUGUUCCGGGAAAUCUCAAGCUAAUAGCUUCUUCAAUUCAAAAAGAUAUUGUCAAUUCAUGUGCCUAUGAAACCAUUAAGGCUAUUAUGAAGGAAGUGAAAGAGAGUAAAUGCUUUUCUAUAAUUGUAGAUGAAUCACGUGAUGUCUCAACAAAGGAGCAAAUGGCAAUGGUUUUGCGUUAUGUGGACAACAAAGGUCAAGUAAUUGAAAGGUUCAUGGGAGUCCAACAUGUUAUUGAAACAACUUCAAGUAAACUAAAGGAGUUUAUUGAUGAGUUCUUGAAACUACAUGAUUUGAGCUACUCCAACCUACGAGGUCAAGGUUAUGAUGGCGCGAGUAAUAUGAGAGCUCUUGUAGCUGUAGCAAAGAAAAACUUCGAUGUUGCCACUUUUUUCACAUUAACUAAUAGUUUGGUGAAUGUUGUUGGAUGUUCAUGUAAGCGUUAUGAUGCACUUAGAGAGAAACAACAAGAAAAUCUCAUGAAAGCUAUUGAAAAUGAGUGUCUUGAAAUGGGGCAAGGAUUAAAUCAAGAAACUAGUCUCAAACGUGCUGGGGAUACACAAUGGAAUUCACAUUAUGGUGCUUUGAUUAGUUUGAUUAUAAUGUUCUCAUCUAUGGUGGAUGUGCUUGACAUGAUUGUUGAAGAUGCUACAAUGAUAGUGUUGGUGAAGCAAAAAGCUUUUGUUAAAGAAAAGCUUGUCCACCUUGCUCAGUUGUAUCCUAAAGAAUUCAUGGAUCGAGAUAGAUCAGCACUUCAAGAUCAACCUGAUAUUUAUAUUCAUUUUUUGGCUUUGGUUUUACUGGUUGCAACUGCUUCAGUGGAUAGGGCGUUUUCCGAUAUGAAUAUCAUUAAGGGUCAACUUCGCAACAAAAUGGAGAAUCAAUGGUUGAGUGACAGCUUAGUUGUUUACAUUAAGAAAAAUGUUUUUUCAUGUAUUGGUAAUGAAGCUAUCAUAGAACAUUUUCAGACUAUGAAACCUUGUCGUGGACGCUUGAAUUAG